UUCCUGUUUUCAUACUUGCAAUAUCUAUAGCACUUAAAAUUUCACAGCUGCCAGCACAUACAGUUAUUCUACAAUGGGGGAGAUCUGCGGGCUUGACUCUCUCUCUCGUUGGCUGUGCGCUGCAAAGCGUCACCAUCUGUCACUGCUAAAGCAGUAGACUACCCCCUGGUCUCUCUGGUAGUAAGAAGAAAGUGUGGAGCUAUAAGUUGUGAAGUGUGCUUGUCAUACGACUUAACUUUUUAAACUUUGAACCCCAAUCUACAUAUGAGUAAAAAGAAAAACAACUAAUCAAGCGAAUCCUGGAAUUACACUGCCGAGAGCUGUGGAGGACUUUUCUCACAUUUUGGCACAUUCAAACACUAAAGAAAGACGGUACUUGAUGGAAUAACUCGUUUUGAAUAGAAAAUAUGGCGAAGAUAUUAUUACAUCUGGUGCAUUUGUUAUUAUUUUUAAAUUCCGGUAUCGUGGAAGUUUUAUCAGAGGAGCCACCCGAAAUUACGCAGCAGGACAGCGAUAUCCACGGAACUACCGAUGGCACAUCCUCGCGCGAAAGCGCACGGCGGGACAUGCUCUCCAUCAAUAUGUUUAAAGUCUAUGAAAAGUACAGUAAGGAGCCCCAACGCCAUCGAGACGGAAAUACCGUUAGAAGUUUUAAGGCUAUUCCAGGAGUAUCCAAGAACAGUGUGUGGUUCCAUUUCAACCUGUCGUCCAUCCAGGAGUCGGAGGUCAUCCUGUCCGCCACAUUCCACUUCCUGGACCAGCGUCCCCGCCACCGACCCUGGAUCUGCCGGCGCUCCCGAAGCACUUCCUGUCGCAUCCAGCACCUCCAGCAGCAUCCCCCGUCCCAGCUCCUCUUCCGAGGAACGUCCCCAAACUCUGCCUUCGGCUCCCCACUGGGCAACGUCACUCUGCCCCCUCCCAGGAGAGGGUCCUGGCAGACAAGGGACGUCUCCACUGUGGUCAAAGAGGCCCGCAUCCUGGGAGAGCUCCUCAUCACCGCAGAGUUUGACUUUGGGGUGAGGCCCCAGAGGAACCAGGAGCGCCAUUCUCCAGCCAGCCUACCGUACGUCCUAGCAUAUGCCAACGACAUGGCCAUAUCUGAGCCCAACAGCGUGGCCAUGACCCUGCAGAGGUACGGGCCUUUCCCUUCGGGCGAGGAGCCCACCCGGUCGGCCAACGAAUCUCCUCCAGCCUCCAGGCUGAAAAGAGAAGCAUUGUCCCCCCUGGACCAAAUACAGGACAAUGACCUGCCUGAGGUCCAGUUCAACACCUUGAAGAGCCAUGAGCUAUGGGAGAGCACUUAUUUUGCUCCCAAGAUCAAGCCCUCAAUGACAGAUGGGCGAAAGCAUGGCCAGGAGAGCAGUGAGGGGUUGAAUAAGCCCCAGGUGCUGAGCUUUGAUGAGAGGACCAUGAAGAAGGCUCGCAGGAGACAGUGGAGUGAGCCCAGGGUCUGCGCUCGACGCUACCUGAGAGUGGACUUUGCAGACAUCGGCUGGAGCGAGUGGGUGUUAGCCCCGAAAGCUUUUGAUGCCUACUACUGUGCAGGCACAUGCGGAUUUCCUAUUCCUAAGGUUGCCCGGCCCUCUAACCAUGCCACCAUCCAAAGCAUUGUGAGGGCGGUGGGAAUCGUUCCCGGCAUUCCGGAGCCCUGCUGUGUUCCGGACAGGAUGAGCUCUCUGAGUGUUCUCUUCCUGGACCCCAGCCGGAACAUGGUGUUGAAGGUUUACCCCAACAUGUCUGUUGAGACCUGCGCCUGCCAGUAGAACCACCCGGAAGGAGCCUCAAUGCAUAAUGCAUGAGACAGAGUACAAUGAAUCAGACAGAGUGGAGCAGAAGAUAAAUUCAGUCAACACAGUAAAAAAGACAGACAUCUUUUGAUGAGGCUGCGAUGGAUGAACUCACCAUGGAGGGAGAUCUGGAUUAUAGAUAAGGGUUUCGGGUGGCGAGAUGCAGAGAACACUAUGUCUGACUAUCAGAAUAGUGUGAUUUACACAGACAUUUCUUUGUCAUUCAGCAGCUCAACUCUAGGUGAAUUUGGGCCUGUAUAACUGUCAGUUCCAAGUCUUCAGCCAUCCAGAGCUCCUGAUGUAUACUCGGAUUCCAAAGUAACUCAAAUAAUGGACCCUGUUGCCAUGUACUGGACUUCGGUGGAAGCUGGUGGGAGGAGCUACAGGAGGACGGGCUCAUUGUAAUUGCUGGAAUGGAAUAAAUGGAACUGUA